AUGUCUCAGAUUGAAGGGACGGAUCAACGAAACAGCGAGAUCGAAUCGCUGAUUAAUAUAUUAAAAGGGGUACUACCUAACGGCACGGAUUCAGGAGAAGAAGAAAAGGAUGACGCCAUUCGGGAGGAAGGCAAAGAUGCCAGUCCAAAAUGUGAUGCUCGACUCGAGCGUCUCCGCCACUUGAUCCUCGAGAUGAGUAGCGAGAUGGUGGGACUCCAAAUGGAUAUGGAGAAAUUGAAUGAAGAUUUCAACAAAAUGUUAGAUCUGGCGAUUACGAGGGAACACCAGAUCGAAGAAAAAGUCAACGAAAUUAGCGAGCUGAACGGGAAAGUUUUCCAGAAACAGAACUAUAUUGAAGAGCUAGUCGAAGAAAUCCACAGGAAGGACGAGAGACACCGAGAAAUGGAAAACCAGCUCGCGACGGCUAAUGAGAAGAUAGUUGUGUUGCAACGCGAGCUAUUGAACAAACAAAAUAAAACAGAGUUGCUGGAAAAGGGGCCAGCAGAGAAGGAUAACAAAAUCGAAUCUCUGACAUGUAAGGUGCACAGGCCUGGUGAUGGAAAGGCGGAGACUUCACAGGAAUUGGAAAAACUGAGAGGAGAAAUGGCUGCAGCAAAUAUUAAGAUAGACAGACUUCAGGAGGAAAACUGCCUAAAAGAGCAACGUAUCUCGGAGGUAGAAAGACGACUGGAACAUCUGGCAACCCAAUUCGAGGAGAGAAAUGCAGCAGCAGAGACGCUGAAGAUGGAGGGACAGGAAGAGAGACUUAGAAAAGAGAGACACUCGCAAGGAAUAGAAUUGUGUGAGAUCAGUGCCCCGUUCCACCAAAGUCUCCUCAGAAUGGAAUUGGUAAUCGAGUUAGGAAGACUUAAGGAACAACUGAGCAAGGACAAGGAAAGAAGAAUUCAAUUCACAGGUAUGGGAGGACACGUAGAAACGCUGACAAACGAAGACCUCAGGCAAUUGCAGAGGUCUGAGGCAAUAGAUAGUGUAAGUAGCAUCCUAGAAUGCCUCCACAGCAAAGACUUAGAAGAGGUUCUAGGGUCAACGGACGUGGAUAUGCAGAGUUUAAGUGAAGCGGUUGAUCACCUCUUGAAACUGCUGAACCAAGAGAAAAACAAGGACAGGGGAGCCGCCACGCAAAUGGUUGCCAACCUUCAAAACCAAAAGAGGCUCCUUGGGUUCAGGAAGGAAGAUAUGGCCAUGAAAGCACAUCUUGAUACUCACAUCCACGUCCUUAACAGAGCGCGGGGAAAUGAUAUUCAAAUCCAGAUGGAUAAGAUUUUCGAAUGUAUGUGCCAAUCAAAACCUACCGCUGCGCCGAUUGUUCCAGAAGAUCUCUGUCCCACUCCCCAGGCUGGACCAAUUGUUCCAGAAGACCUCUGUCCCAUUAUCCAGGCUGGCCCAGUUGUUCCAAAAGACCUCUGUCUCAUUCCUGAGGCUGCCCCAAUUGUUCAAGAAGAUCUACUCAUGACGAAAGAAAGGGGUGCCUUCCAGAUAGAGGGAGCAGCCUUCAGUGGGAUUGAACAAGCACUCCGUAAUGAAAGAGAGGCCCUUAAUAUGGAGAGGUUGGCACAUAUUAGGGAGAAGGAAGCCUUUGCUGCAGAAAGAGAAGCCUUCUACAAAAGCAAAGAAAAUCUUGAUGAGUACAAGGAUGCCAUACAAAAAGAGAGGGCAACUUUCCACAGAGAAAAGGAAGAAUUUCAUAGGGAGAAAGAGGACACCAAUAAACAAUUAGCGAGUUUCACUAAAAUAUUAGAAAAUAUUGCAUGCCAAUGGCAAGACAAAAAGGAAAUAGUAGACAAACAAGAACAGGAACUCUUACAUGAAAUCAUACUGUUCGAAGAAAAGAAAGCAGAGUUUAUUCAAGAGAGAGAAGAGUUUCAAAAGGAAAGGGAAGCUAUUUACGAAAAGGAACAGGUGACGAUUGAGUGUAUAGAGAGGAUAGAGAAAAUCAUUGUGAAAACAAAGGAUGGGAAUGAUUUGAAUUGGAAUGUGACAAAUGAGAGGGAAGUCCAGAUGGAGCAAAAGAUUAAGGAACUUGAAGAGAUCAUUGAACAACAACACGUGAUGCUCAUAAAAUGUGAGACCAUGAAAUGCGAGCUUUUACAAGUAGUUUUCAGAGCAGGUUUCGCAGACGAAGAGACAGUGCAACAAAUGUUGAAUGAAACAAAGCAUUUAUUCUCAAUAUCAUAA